CAAACACGUCUUGGAAAUAAAAGCUCUUUUCACUUUCUCACUCUCACAUAGUGAAGAAAAGAAACGUCCUUACUCCUUAUCUUAGGUAGACUAAAAAAAAAAUGGAGCAUCUUCUGUCACUCACCCUCUACCACCACCACCACCUCCUCCUCCUCGUCCUCCUCCUCCCCUGUCUCAUCUUAGCCCACGACCCUCCAGCCGCCUCAUGCCGGAGCAUGUGCGGCUCGAUGCAGGUCAAGUGGCCCUUCGGCACCGGCCCCGGCUGUGGCUCCCCACGCUUCCACCCCUACGUCACCUGCACCACCACCACCACAAUCUCAUCCCCAUCACCAUCAUCAUCAUCAUCAACCGGUAGAAAAGAAAGCACCACAGAGACUCUCAUGCUGACCACCCACACCGGACACUACCCAAUCACGUCCAUAUCCUACGACACCUACACUAUAACCCUCACCCCACCCGCCAUGUCCACAUGCUCCUCCAUGCAGCCCUCCCCCUCCAACUUCGGCCUCGACUGGCCCGGCCCAUUCCAGCCUGGCCCAUCAACCUUCAUCCUCCUCGGCUGCCGCCCUCCCACCUCCUCCCUCUCCGCCGCCAACUCCUCGCCGCUCUGCGACGCCAACUCCCACCUCUGCGCCUCCCUCUGCACCUGCCCCGCCGUCGUCUCCCUAGGCCUCCCGAUCUUGCCUCCGACCAACACCUGCUGCGUCUACUCCCCAGCGAAUCUCGACGACGACGACGAGCUUGACCUCAAGGGAAUGAAGUGCGAAGGGUUCGCCUCCGUCGUGUCGCUCGGCGACUACGCGACGGAUCCCGGGAGGUGGGAAUACGGCGUCGCUUUGAAGUAUAAUGGCGGGGUUUUGGAGAGCAGUGUUGAGGAGACCAAGUGUAAAAGCUGUGAGAUGAGUGAUGGGGUUUGUGGAUACUCGACGGAGAAUCACAAUGAAGAUAUUAAUGAUUCAUUUGUGUGUGUUUGUAAGAGUGGGUUCAACACCACCACGGAUUGUCAGAGUGGCAAUUAUGGUCAAGAUGAGGAUUUGUUCUGGGGAGAUGAUUCUGCUUCUUUUCGGCUGAGUUCUUGGAAAAUUUGGCAUGGGAUUUUGGCCGGAAUGAUUAUCAGUAUAGCUGCUUGAGGGGAGAAAUUCUGAGAGACGGCUUUGGCUGGAAAUGGGUUUCUUUUUUACUUGCUUGUCUUCAUCUCUGUUGGCUGUAAAAAGAGUACUCAUUUUGGAAUCGGAACGUGUGAAGUAGAUAAGUGAGAAUAUGGCACAUGGAAAAGUGAAAGAAUAAAUGCAAGUAACGCAUAAAGCAUCUUUUGCUAAUCAAAUGAAUAUCGACCUUCCACUUUCUGGGGAAAAAAAAAAAAAAAAGAACAUGCAUUUCGAUGAGAAACAUUAGAAAUAGAUAAAGCAUUGAAGCC